GCAGCGCGUGUUAAGAUGCUUUAGCUGAUGCCUGUUGUGUCUGGUUUGCAACCGAAAACGCAUCAUCAGGUCAUCGGAAAAUCCACCCGUAAACCAAACUAAACGAUUACGUCUGGCGUUUUGCUGUGACAUCUAGUUUUAAAUGACUGGUGGCAGAGUAAAAAUAAUCUAAUGAAAUUUUAAAAGCAGUCGUUUAAAAAGCGGAAUUUUCUUUUUCUUGGUAAUCCACGAGCUGUGAGGAUAUAGGGAAGCUUCAUCACUGAGAUUUGACGGUGACAUGCACGAUCUCUGUUAUGAAAGAAUCUUCGUCUAUUACUAUUUACAGUAAUUGGCGGAAUUUUGUCACACUUGUAUUUUAACACAGAGCUAAAAGCUCACCAUUGAGAAUAUUUCGACUAAGCCUAAGGCAUCGAGGAGAAACAAGCGAAAAUGAAGCACUUUCUACGGGUCCUUGCACAGUUCUGUGUUUUCCUGUACUGCAAAUUCUUGUGGAGAACCUUCAAGUUUGUGGUCCGAAAGGUCACAGGCCGAUGUGAGCUGCAGCGCAUUUGUUACAACAACAAACCGGGUGCCCGCAGGACACUCAAGAUUGAGUCUUCUCUCAAGUUCUCUAAGAGUGAGCUCCUGCAGUCUGCUGUCAAUGUCCAUCCAGACUUGGUUGAGAAGACCAUUGACAGCAUCAUGGCUUUAAAGAAGAUUAACCCUGACACAAACCCACAGUUGGGGAUCUCCCUCCAGGCCAGCCUCUUGCAAAUCGUUGGAUAUCGGAAUCUUGUGGUAGAGGUGGAGAAGUUGCGUCGAGAGCCAUAUGACUGCGAGAACCUAGAGCAUGAGGAGAUGUUACUGAAGCUCUGGAAGACUCUGCGCCCUGAAUCCCCCCUCAGCGGCCGCAUUUCCAAGCAGUGGUGCGAAAUCGGUUUCCAAGGCAAUGACCCCAAGACUGAUUUUAGGGGCAUGGGACUCCUGGGCUUAUACAAUCUCUUAUAUUUUGCAGAGCAUGACAAGGCCACUGCUCUGCAGGUGCUGCAUGAUUCCCUGCAACCCAAGCACAGGACCAUAUCCAGAGGAGAAACCAGUAACAUAAGCAAAAUUGAGUGGGAGAAGAAGAAGUUCGAUAAAGCAAUUGGGUACUCAUUUGCAAUUGUGGGCAUCAACAUCACAGACCUGGCAUACUCUCUUCUGGUGAGCGGUGCCCUGAAGACUCACUUAUACAAUGUGGCCCCAGAGAUGCCCAGUCUGGUCCACUUCCAGCAGACCUUCUGUUACCUCAUGCAGGAGUUCCACAGGUUCUGGAUUGAAGAAGACCCUUGUGAUAUCAUGGAAUUCAAUCGUGUGCGCAACAGGUUCCACAAGAAAGUGCUUAAGCAGCUGAAGAAUCCUGACAUGGCCCUGUGCCCUCACUUUGCUGCCUCUGACCUGCACCUUGUCAACCUGUAGUUGCCCCCAAACACUGAACCUUCUGUAAACCUCCAUGUCUCAGCUGUGUCAUGCCACUGCCAACAGCUCACCUAUUCCCACUCCCAGUAUGACUACAUCAUUUCACAUUCUGCCACCGUGCUGCCCUUGGAACACCAGCAUCACUGUUGACCAUGGUGAUUGUAGACAUGCAGGAAAAUGCUGUGCAAUGUGAUCUAUUUAUUAUCAUUUUUAUGGUUAUUAUUUAUUGUUAUUCAGUGAUUUU